AUGCAGGACAAGCAGGGAGGCUGUUACCGGGCGUACGAGGCCCUCAAGCCGGCCAACAACGGGAACAGCUCGACCCUCAAACGGAUGGCCAACUCGAACCAGCACCACCCGGUGAUGACCAACGCCGGCAACGCCUUGGCCAUGCACCACCAGGACCAACAAGUUGGCGCCGGUGGUAACGGGGCCUCUGGGGGUGGAGGGAGCAAUAGACAGGUGCGUUGCUUGUGCUUCGGCGGGGUACCCGACAAGGCCAGCAGCCACUCGUUUGUCAAGGGCUUCUUCAUAAACUUGGUGAUUUGCGCCAUCCUCGUGCUGUACACGCUGCUCGGUAGUUUCCUGUUUCUGUGGAUCGAGGGCUCGGGCGAGCUCCAGCCUCGACAGCACACCCUCGCCACCACGGACCACUCGACCCGCAGGAACGAGACCUGGCUCAAUCAGAUAAACGACGCGCGCAGCCACGCCGUGGAGAGCCUGUGGGUGACGACGGAGAAGCUGAACAUCCUGUACCACGAGAACUGGACGAGGCUCGCCUCGGAGCAGCUGUCCCUUUUCCAGGACCAAGUGGUGCGAACCGUGACGAGCAACCUCGAGGCCGCUCGGCACUCGGCGGUACGCUCGAGCGGCGGCGACGACCCCACGGCCGGCAAAAAUCCGGCCAACUACGAGUGGAACUUUGCUCGGGCGUUCCUCUACUCGCUCACUGUACUGACGACAAUCGGCUACGGCAGCAUAGCGCCGCGCUCAAUGUGGGGCAAAGCGGUGACGAUGGGCUACGCUUUUUUCGGGAUCCCACUGACGCUGAUCUACUUGUCAAGCGCCGGGGGUUUACUGUCUAGGUGCGCCCGGGGCGUCUUCACGAGGGCCCUCUGCUGCUGCCUGUGCUCGAACUGCGGCUACUGCUGCUACGACGAGAGGCGGAUGCAGGAAAAGGAGAGGCGCAUGAAGAAGCGUCGACAGCAAGAGGAGCAGCUCCAGCAGCAGCAACAGCAGCUCCAGCUGCAAGAGCCGUUCUACGUGAGGGCCAACGUGUCGACGUACCCGAGCUCCGUCGAAGUCAAAGCCACGAGUCCCAAGGACGAAGUGUCGAGCCUCGGCUCGGGUGACCGGCCCAACGUCACGAUACUCGCCCCCAUAAGCAUCUGCUUCGGCGCCAUGGUCUGCUACAUCGUAGCCGGCGCCUUCGCCCUACACAAGCUCCUGGGCUGGACCUUCAUAGACGCGAGCUACUUUUGCUUCAUGAGCUUGAGCACGAUCGGCUUCGGGGACAUGGUGCCGGGCUCGUACCCCCACGAGAGGAGCCCCGAGGCGAGCAACGCGACCAUCUGGUUCUGCUCGUGUUACAUCAUGUCGGGGAUGGCACUCACUGCCAUGUGCUUCAACAUAUUGCACGACGAGAUCGUGCACCGGCUCUCGCAUCAGCAGCCCCACGCGCUCGUGGGUGGCGACCUGCAACUCCACCACCACCACCAGCAGCAACAGCAGCACCACCACCUGCACCAUCACCAGCAGCAGCAGCAGCAGCACCACCAGCUGAACGUCACCGAGGAGAGCCUCUGCAUGGGCGAGCCACCGGCCGUCGUCAGUAUCUUCGCCCACGAGAACGAGAUCAACAUACUCAAGGACUCGUACGGCAGUAACCAGGUCGACGUCACGCGCGACUGCAAGCCCAUACUCAAGCUCGAGGAGCACCUGAGACCCGUGCCCCCGCCUCCGGCCGUCUACACGCUCCCCGAGCUCGACGAGGAACUCGACGAGGCCAACACCGAGAUGUAA